AUGCCGAAGAGGAAAUCUCUGUGUCCGAGGCUGCUGGAUUACGUAGCCAUCGUCGGGGCGAGGCAACCCAGUCGAAAUGUCACCGUCCAAAACCCCGAACUCCUCCGGAGAUACCCGCCGGAGGAUCACAAGGAUUUCCCAUUCCCUUUGGACAUGGUGUGCUUUUGUCAGCCGGAAGGGUGCUCCUCGGUCGGACCUCAGAAAUCCGCCUCCAGAGAGGCUUCCUCCUUCGUCUUCGCUCUCACCGACAAAGAUUCAGGGAAGACGAGGUACGGGGUGUGCCUUAAUUUCUACCGGACGGUGGAGAGGAAUGCCCUAGGAUCAUCGGGCGCAUCCACCCGCCUUCGUGGGGAGCAGAGGAAAGAAUCUUCCAGCAAGAGGGAAUCUUGGAGGAAGAGCCUGGAUCGAAGCUCCGAUUCCGCCUUUUCCAGCGAUCAUCGAUCGUCUGGUAUCGUGCCGAGCGAUUCGGAUCGGGAUUGUCCGAGUCGAAGGGAUUCGGGAGGGAGUCAGCAGAGGCUUUCCCUCCUCAUUCCGGGACAUCCCGGGGAUUCCGAAAGCGGAGGUUCUCUUUCGCCUUCCCCUAGGGCGUCCAGGAAACGACAGAGAGUGAGGACGCAGACGUUGACGUCGUUGUGUGUGUUGUCCCACCAUCCCUUCUUCUCCACGUUCCGCAAGUGCCUGCAAGUCCUGAGGAAGAUCAUCGAUGCCUGUGACGAAAACACCUCCCCCAAGAGGAUCGGCGCCUCCAAGCAAUCCGCGAGGGAAACCGUUUGGAGUUUGUUGACGGGAGAGAGAAGUGGAGAGGCGGCAUCGUUCAUCUUGCACGAUGUCAGACAGAUCGAGACGUGGAUUCUUCGUCUCCUCAGUGCACCUGUUCCUGUGCCUGGCAAGACUCGCCUCGAGCUGGAGUUGGUGUCGCCGGUUCUGGGGGGUCAGCCGUUGAUGUUGGCCUUACCCGAUCACACCCGCUUCUCCCUCGUGGAUUUCCCUCUUCACCUCCCCCUCGAACUCCUGGGUGUGGAUGCCUGUCUACAUGUCCUUAUCCUCAUUCUGCUCGAGUCUAAGGUAAUCCUUAGUGGAUCCAAUCCUCUAGAUUCCCCUCUCAUAUGGAAAGGGUUGUCCGUUUCUCGCCCUUUCGGGGCUCUCUCGUCGCGAUCUUCCCCGCUUGGAUGCUCGAAAAUGGAAGUCGGACUCCUCCUUUUCCCCUAUCAGGUGGUAUUCCAGUCGAGGGACUAUAAUGCUCUGUCGAUGUCUGUGAUGGCGUUCGUGACCAUGAUCUACCCGUUGGAAUACAUGUUCCCUGUCAUCCCACUGCUCCCCACUUGCAUGUCCUGUGCUGAACAAGUCAUGGGGACCAUGGAACAGGGUGUAAGAGAUACGGGACCAAGGUCUCAUAAGCCCUCGCCUCUACCGUACAUCUACGACAACGAUGUCGACUCGGUGGACGUGGCCACUCGCUGCGCGAUGGUGAGAUUCUUCAACUCGGGGAACGUGCUGCAGAACUUCACGGAGCACACGCGGACCCUCAGACUAUACCCACGACCGGUGGUGGCAUUCCAGAUCAACAGUUUCCUCCGGUCCAGAUCCAACGCCUCGCCUUUCCUCUCCCGCUUCGCGCGUACACAGGCGGUGGAGUACCUGGCUGAGUGGAGCCUGACGCCUUCGAAUGUGGCCUUCCUUCGGGUGCAGACCGGAGUGUCGGACCCCGUACUCAUAGGGGACAAGGUCAAAUGGUUCGCGCACGAACUGGAUAUCAUCCGAUUCUCUGCCUGGGAUGACUCCUCGUCCCUCGCCUCCGCUCUAAGGGCUCUCUCCACCAUCCAGACCCAACCCACUGAUGAAAGUGGGAGCGACUCAGACGGGGAACCCAGCACUAGUUCUUCUUACUCUUCUCUAUCCGACUUGGUCUCGGAAAUGGUCUCGUCUGAUCUCUCACCACCCGAGCGAGGGAGAGAGGGGUUCUCGUCCAUGGUUUCCAUGUCUAGUGGCUUAGACCUACGGUCCGUGUAUCGUCCUCCAUCCAGUCUCCGAUUGCCUGAAGGAGAAUCCGGUUUAGAUGCGAACGUUUCCCCAUCGGAGGUCAUGUCUCCUUCCUCUUCUUCUCCCUCGUCGGCCUCGUCGAGUAGUCCUCCAUCUGAUGGGGAAAUGGAAGAGCAAUUCGACCUGGGACAGGCCAUUUCCAAGGAUCAGGAAAACGUCUUGCUGCAACACGCCGGCGGAUCGAUGGAAAGCCUGUCGGAAGCGGGAUCGGCGGCGACAAUCCGAGCACGCGAUCCCCCGGGGACAGGCACGGGGAGCCAAGGGAGCCAGACGUUGUCUGGGAGUCCAACCUUGUCCUUGGGUUCCGAGGGGGAUGGCAACACUGGGACCGCCACUCAGUCCCAUAGACCCCGGCUCGGCACUGCUCCUCCAUCCACUAGCCUCCCGUUGAGCCCAUGCACUCAGCAGCCGAGUCGCAGCAGCGGCUUCAUGGGAAGCAUGUUGGCGAGGGCUGCCAGCUUCGGGGGCAAGGAUGGAGCCCUGCUCAAAUCGCGGGAUCAUUCCACCGGGACAGUCUCGAUAUUCGCCGGCUUCGAACAGCUGGCUCAACAGGCCAAGGAGAAGAUAAAGGAUAGACAGGGAAGCCAGGAAUCCAUCAUCGCACAGAUGGACAAGGUAAGG